CCGGCAGGGGACCGGGACCGACCACCGAGGGCGCGGGGGUGUCCGGGAGCCGUGCGCGGGGCUCCGGCCUGCGGUGCGCGCGGCUUCCGGCGCGCCUCCCCCUCGGGCGGCACGGCGAGGUGGUGCGCUCCCGUGCCCGGCGCUCCCCGGCUCCGGGCCGGACCGCCGGCUCCUUGCACCCCGCGUCCGCCGCCGCCGCCGCGAUGCUGGCGCUGCUGCUGGCGUCGCUGAGCCUGGCGCUCGCCUUCUUCGCGCUGCUGGACGGCUGGUACCUGGUGCGCGUGCCGUGCGCCGUGCUGCGCGCGCGCCUGCUGCAGCCGCGUGUCCGCGACCUGCUGGCGGAGCAGCGCUACGCGGGCCGGGUGCUGCCCUCCGACCUGGACCUGCUGCUGCACAUGAACAACGCGCGCUACCUGCGCGAGGCCGACGUAGCGCGCGCCGCGCACCUGACCCGCUGCGGGGUACUCGGGGCGCUGCGCGAGCUGGGGGCGCACGCCGUGCUGGCCGCCUCGUGCGCGCGCUACCGCAGGGAGCUGCGCCUGUUCGAGGCCUUCGAGGUGCGCACCCGCCUGCUGGGCUGGGACGACCGCGCCUUUUACGUGGAGGCGCGCUUUGUCAGCCUGAGGGACGGUUUCGUGUGCGCCUUGCUACGCUCCCGGCAGCACGUGCUGGGCACCUCGCCGGACCGCGUCGUGCAGCACUUGUGCAAGCGCAGGGUGGAGCCCCCUGAGCUGCCAGAAGACAUAAAGCAUUGGAUCACCUACAAUGAGACCAGCAGCCAGCUGCUUCGGGCUGAGAGUGGGCUCAGUGAUGCCAGAAAGGACCAGUGACUGCCUGUACCCUCCCUGCCCUGCCUGUCAGCCAGUCCGUUGCACAGAAUGGGUCACCCGGGCUGGGCUCCUAGCCAGAGUGGCCUUGGGACCCCCCUUCACCUGCUUGGCCCCCUCCCCCUGUGCUCACCCCAUGCUGGGUGACAUUGUUGUCCUGGCCCAGCUCUGCCUCCUGGUCCCUGUAGCUAGAGUGCUCCAGUGUGCCCAGAUGAGCAGGAGCCUGGAGCAGAGGAGCCAGCAAGGGGAGCCUGAGCAUGGAGCCUAAACUCAAAGCUGCUUGUGACCAGGCUUGUGGCUGGGGCCCUCACAGGCUGGCUCCAGGGCUUAUACCUUACUCAGGAACAGUGGACCCUCUGGAGAGUCACCUUACAGCAGGGAAGACAGGCCAGGACCAGCCCGAGGGCCCCUGAAAACCAAAGGCCAAGUGGAAACAGCCCUCAGCCCAAGCUCUGGUGAUACCUUCUGCUCUAUGAGGAUGUGCCCUAUCCAGCCAGGUCACUGAGGCCAGGAGCCCUAGGUGUGGGGGUCCAUGACUGUGGCCAGCACCUGUCCUGUCAGCUCAGGGAGAGGACAGCAUCUGGAAGCCAGGAACCGCCUCCGUGCUACCUCUCUGGGAGCUACACCUGGAGCCAGAGCCAAAGGCUUCAGUGAUGCCCUUGACCCUCGCCUGCUCUGCCCUCCACCCCCCACGCUCUUCUGCUUGCCUUAGUGCUGUCACGGGGAAGCUGCAAUCUGCUUUAUUUAAAGAAAGGACAAGAUUAAAGAGUUUUAAAGGCGUG